UGAUUAUGUGACAUAUUAUGCACAACAACAUUGUGCACGGUAACCGUUCCCAAUGCCAUAUCCCAAGUUCUAGCUGACCCGUUUUGUAUAAUGAAACCUCAAACCAUAAGAUACAUGAAUUGUUGACAAAUUAUAAUUAAGAAGAAUCUUAGGAUAAGGUAUUCGAAACUUGACAUGUCAUUAAAACAAGUCGUUAACACUCAGCCUACAUGAUUGGUCAUGAUAAAAACAAUGCAAUUUUGUAACUUUAUUUUAAUUUUCAUACUUGAUAUUGAUAAUUGUAGUUAAAUUUCCAGAAAUUCAAGUUCUCAUCUAUUUACAACUUUAUUAUAGGUAAAAUGUAGUGUAACAAAGUAAAAAUUUAAGCAGUUUUUUUAAAAUUAGCUAUAAUGUGCACAAUAACGGGUGGAAAAUGAGGCAAGUCAGGGCGGUUCAGGUCGAUAACAGUACCCAUGCUAACCUCACCACGCCUACGAGACGAAUAUUAUCCGUCCAAUAACAAGUCAAACGGGUCAGAUACUACGGAUCACAUCAAAAUUGUCAUCCUAAUGCAAAAGUCACGAAUAUUAUUCAUUCUGUAACAAGUCAAACGGGUCAGAUAGUACGAAUCAGAUCAAAAUUGUCAUCCUAAUACAAAAAGUCAUACAUCAUCGUAUUACGCUAUGAUGUUCGAGUGAGACCCAGAAGAAUUUCUAUUUUUUGAAAGAAUGUUCUGACUUCUGAGUGAGUCUGAGAAGAAGAUGAACAUAUAUUUAUGGCCAGCCUCUCAUAAAUAUCAGGCUCAAGUUGCAUUAAACUACUGGUUAUAAAGUUAAAUUAGAUCAUUAAACCCAUAUUAUCGACUGAUUGUUUUCUUCUAAAUAGGUGGGAGGCAGAGCAGCCAUUAUUGAUGGAUUUGUUUGCUUCUUUUUUUGCCUCAUCGAGUGAAGUAGAUCAUCAUGCAGCCCACCACCAGGGCCAUAUAUAUGGGACCCUUUCAUUUUCUUUUCCCCUUGUAGAAUUAUUGGAAUAGUAAAGCUGAACAUACGGCCAAUAAAUGCAUGAUUUUUUUUUUUAUAAUCAUAAUGCAUGAUAUUGAGAUAAGAAGAAAGAAUCAAGAGAAGAUUGUCGCGCUCUGAGAUUCCAAUAAUACAGGCUUAAUUCAUAGCUAGAUUGAUGACUGUCGGCAUCCAUAUAAUUCAAAUACGCUAUUGAACCUUACAUCAACUAACAGAUCACGGGACUGAAUAGAAUAUUAAACACAAGUGACAAAAGAGGGAAGGAGGCUUCAUUUGGGUUUCAUUAACAAAUUAUAGUUUGGUACCUAAACUUAAUAGAUGUUAAGAUUUAGUACGUAAAUGAAUUUUUAAAUAAAGUCCUAAAAGUAUUGAUAAAAUUUACACUUGAGUACGUGAUGUUUUAAAUUUUACAAAUUGGCACAAGUUUAUGAGCUAGGUUUAUGGUCUGCUUUAACAAACUUGUUGUACGCUUUAUGAUACUUCUGGUACGCUUAAAUAAACUUGUGGUAUGCUUGAUGAGGUUUCUGGUAUACUUUAUGAGAUUUCUAGUCUGCAUUGAGGCAUUUGUGGUGUGUUUUGAGAAACUUGUGGUAUGCUUGAUGAAGUUUCAGACAUGCUUCAUGGAACUUGUGGUGUGCUUUAAUAAACUUGCGGUUUACUUUAAUGAUUUUGUGGUGUUAUUUAUGAGGUUUCCGGUAUGCUUCAAUGAUCUUAUGAUUUGGUUUAAGAAACUUGUGAUAUGUUUUCUAAACUUUUUUAUAUUAUAAACUUUAUGGUAUUUAUGAUGUGGGUUAUGAAUUUUGUGGUAUAGUGAGCCUUCUUUCCCUUUCAUUUUUUUUAUUUGGGUUUGAUAGGGAAAUUACACGUUGGUACCUAGACUUAACAGAUGUUAAGAUUUAGUAUCUAAAAUUAAUUUCUUUUGCGUUAAGUACUAAAAAUAUUGAUGAAAGUUUAUAUUUUGGAACCUAAAAAUUUAUGUCUUACAUUUUGAUACCUAAACUUUUACAAAUUUACAAAUAGGUAAAAGUUUAUGAGGUUUAUGGUCUGCUUUAAUAAUUGAGUAAUGUCUAUUUUUUAUCAAAACAUUUUUCACAUUCUUUUAUAUUAUCCAAAGCUAUCGAAAUAUUAAGCAUUAUCCAAAUGUUAACUUUUAGUUAGCAAUUUUGUUAGUAAUAUUGACUUGGCAACAUGAUACUGACUUGGAAGAGACACAUGAAGGCCAACAUUCCCAAAUUUUAGUAUUUUAACUAAAAAAAGAAGUACAAAAUUAUUAACGAUGGCAUAAAAAUGGCUAAUAUUUUGAUGCAUUACGAAAGAUUUGGCCAAUUAAUAGCAUUAUAAAAGAAUCUGGAAAAAAAAGUUUGGAUAAAAAAUAGACAUUACCCUUAAUAAUUUUGUAGAAUGUUUUGUGUUGUUUUUGGUAUGCUUUAAGAAGCUUGUGGUAUUAUUUAUGGUAUUUUUGGUGUACUUUAAGAAACUUGUGGUAUGCUUUAAUAAACUUAUGGCAUGCUUUACGAGGUUUUAUUAUGUUUUAUGAGGUUUCUCGUAUGCUUUAAGAAACUUGUGGUGUGUUAUGAGAAAUUUGUGAUAUGUUUUGUGAGGUUUCUGAUAUGUUUCAGGAAAUUUGUAUUAUGUUUCAAGAAAUUUGUGGUGUGCUUUAAUAACACGUGGUUUGCUUUAAUGAACUUGUUGUAUGCUUUAUGAGAUUUAUAGUAUGCUUUAGGGAACUUAUGGUAUGUUUUAAGAAACUUGUGGUAAGUUUAUAAUCUUUAUUAUAUGCUUUAUAAACUUUCUAGUAUUUGUAGUGUGGUUUAUGAAGUUUAUGGAGUGGUGAGGUUCUGGUAGUGAUAGCAAACGGGUUGGGUUGGGCGGGACUGGGCGGGGCGGGUACCUCAAUACUCAUACUCGCCCUACACUAAGCGCUGGUUAGGUCGAGUAAUACCCUCGCAGGGCGGGUUGCUCUAUUUUGCACAUGUUAUUUAAAAAAAUAAACGUAUAUUUUAUUUUAUGAUCUAUGAAUAAAAAUAAUGGUAACAGAAUGAGUAAUGGAUUCUAACUAGUUGAAAGAUCAUGUCUUGCACUUAUUUGAAGUUUCUUAGAGUGAAAAUAUGACCGAAGAAAAGCUAAAAUUGGAGAAAUACAUAUAAAUAUUGGGACAAAUUGAGAUAUAAUGGGUCAACAACGGGACAGGUCGGGGUGGGACAGGUCGGAAGUAGGGAUAAUUAUCAUAAAUGGUCAUAAACCUAUUAACUUUGUACAAAACGGUCAUAAACCUUUAAUUUUGCACAUUUCAGUAACAUAUCUUUCGACUAAUAACAAUAAGGUAAUUUCGUCCAUCUCCAAUUGCAUGUUCCAGCUACUAAUGGAGCACAUCAACGAGAUCAAUCCUACAACUGCGGCGACCAAGGCUUCUUGAAUGAGAUCUUCACCUGGUGGCACCGAAUCCCUUGUUGGCUCAAUUUCCUGAAGCACUUCUAGAUCAGCGACGACGAAAAGGUCAAGAGGAAGAAGAACGACCUCUUCGGGAUGAAGUCGUGGUUGUGCUUUAGAGAUUACGACUGCAAUUGGAACUCAAAGAUCUUCCGCAACUUCACUAGCGACGUCGCACACUCGCGGUGGUGGAAGGUCCACAGUGCGAUGUCGGCGGAGCUGCAAGGAUUUUGCUUGCUGGAGUCGAGACAGAAGGCCCAUAUGGAGUGGGAUCGGCGGGAGACGGAGAAGGAGGGAUUCUAUGACGGGCACUGGAAGAUCCCGAUUAGAGAUUCGAGGUUGAGGAUAUGUGUGGAUAAUGUUUGUAAUUGGAAGAGCAUGUUGAAGCAUUGGGGGGGGAGACAAAUUGGACCAACGUCGAUGUGGUUUUGAAUCCGACAUCACCGAUGAUCAGAGCUAUUUUUUCUUCUUCCUAUUUUUCUCUUAUAAAGGAUUGUGAAAUGGAAUUAUAAAAAUUGGUUUCCACCAUGAAGCAAGUUUCAAAGCUUUUUUCCUUUUAGAUACCCUGCAGGCAGCAGGCGAAUUGAAAAACAAAUUAAGGCAAACAACGUUCUUGACCGGUCCUUUGGAGACUGGGAAGGGACGUGGGUGGUGGUUUCGGCCUUGUCGCAGGUGUAGCAGAAGGCGGCCUCGUCAGCACUGUAGAAGACAUCGCAUCAAAUCUUCCGCAAUUGUACGGAGAUGAUGGUGGAGAUGGAGAGGAGAUAGAGAGGAAUGAGUUGGGUUGGAUUGGAUUGGGGCGGUGGGUUGGUUAGGGUUUAAUUGGUUUUAUUUUAUUUUAUAUGAAUUAUUUUGCUGAUGUGAAUGUUGAUAGGAUAGUUGACUGGACCAAAUUAAUAGAAUUUUGUAUGGAAAUGAACGGAAUUACCUUUUUAUGUUAUUAGUCAAAAGAUAUGUUACUGAAACAAAGGUUUGUGACCGUUUUGUACAAAGUAAAUUGGUUUCCAUUUAUGAUCAUUACCCUUGAAAGUAGUGCCACAUGCCCCCGCCCUGGCGCAAGUCAGGUCGGGUAAUACCCAGCGUGACGGGUUCAAAUUGUCGUCCCUAGGUUUUGGUAUGUUUUAUGAGUAUAUGAUAUGCUUUGUGAAUUUUAUAGUGUGGUAUGAUUAUAGUAUGCUUUAUGAUAUUUGAGGUGUGGUUCAUUGUGAUUUGUGGUCUUCCAAUUAAUACAAAAUACACACGCAUAUAUUUCCCUCCCAAAUUUUUAAUAAUGACAAUCGUGUUAUUCCUUUAUAAAUUCACAUUGCUUAGACCACUUUAGAAUUAAAAAUAUCACGAAAACAAGAAUUUCAUAUCGGCUCAAGCUCUCAACUACCAAGUACCAACAAAUAAAUAGCCGACAACACGCAUGCAAUUCACACCAUCUUCGGUCCCAACAACCAAGAGACGUGAUCGUUUUCCAGCUAAAAAAGGAAUGAAGAGACAGUGCAAUUGGUGGGCCUCUUUUAGAUGACAAGCUUGUAAGUUCAAAGUACAAUAGACCUUUGGUUAGAGAGGGGGAAAAAAUUUACAUCCUUGUCAGUUGUCACCAAGCAGAAUCCAAUGUAAGCAAUAAAUUUUUAAUUCUGAUAUCGUCAAUGCAACACUAAUUUUUAAUUAUGACAUCUUUUUUGGGUAGAAAUUUUAUGACAUCUUUUCUUCUUCCACCUUGUGAUAGGGGUGUAAGUUUGACCCUUAAAACCCACUGACCCGCCCCGACCCUCAAGGUCGGGCUGGGUCAGUUUGUCUAUAGGGUCAAUUUAGGGUCGGGUCGGCUUAGGGUCGGGUCAGGGUCGGGUCACUUUUUGACCCUAUGACCCUUAGCAUCAUACAAACAUGUUGGACCUAUUUGUAAAAUUUUAUAAGUUUAGGUACUAAAUUGUAAAAAUUAAAAAAUUUGGGUACCAAAACGUAAUUUUACCAUCAAAUUUUAGUAUAGGUGUCAAAACAUAGCCCGACCCGAUUAACCCGCCCGAUCAACCCGACCCGCAACCCGAAUUGACUAAAAGUCAACAACCCGUAACCCGCCCGACCCGCAACCCGAUUGACCCGCAACCCGACUGACCCGCAACCCGAUUAACCCGAACCCGAUUGACCCGCAACCCGACUGACCCGCAACCCGAUUAACCAGAACCCGAUUGACCCGAACCCGACUAACCCGUAACCCGACCGACUCAACCCGAAUUUCAUCUAAUCCACUUGAAUAAUUAUAAAUGAGAAUUCUUUUUCCUACUGCUAUUACCUUUGUAUCUUGCAGUGCCUUCUCAACCAUAGUUCCUUGGCAACUUGGAUUAGCUAAUUAAUGUUCAAUAGAUUAUCAACCACAUGUUUCAUAAUCUCUGGAAAUUAAAUACUUCUCAACCACAUGGCUACUGCCUUUUUACAUCAAUGGCCUUUCUGCUGGCGGCAAAUCUCCCUAUUGAAGCAGGGGCAACACAUUCAUAUCAAAUAGUUGUUGGAAGAAAAUACGAACAACAAAUAGAUAAGAUGGCUACAAAGGGAGAAAGUAUACUCAUAUAAAGCAAUCGUAAUAAAGGGAUGGACGCCAAUACUACCAAAAUCAUGAAAGAAACAUGUAAGCUGUACUUAAUCUUUAGACUGAAACUAACCCCUACCUGAAAUAAGAACCAAUCACAAGUCGUUGCCCUCUUCUCACUAUAAUUCAGUUGCAACAGCUGGUCACUAUCAUGGCUUCCCAAGCUCAAUUCAACCGAAUAAAGAUUACAACUCUGCAAAAGAAGUUUCCUUCUUUCAGCUGCAGCUGCAGUUUAGAGUUGGGGAAAGUUUCCUUUUUUGUCGUCUCUCUGCAACGCAAACCACAACAUCCCUAACCGCCUACCAAACCGAGCCGCCAGUCCACCUCCAAACUUGCCGUUGUCGUUCUCAAUCGUCGCCAGUCUACCUCCAAACUUGAAACCCUAACAAUAAACCCCCUUGAAGAGCAUGCUUCUUCAUCGAUCUGUUUCGCCAUGGAAGAGGGCAUCAGAUGGAUCUAUCUGAAUUGCUAAGAAAAUAGGGUUUUGGCAGUAAGAGUUGGGGAAAGUUCGGAGAAAUGGAAGGAACUAUUUGGGUGGAGAAAAAGGCAGGAAGAGCAGUGGAAGAGAGGCUAGAAAAAGUCAAGCGGCGAAGGGAUUGGCUUUCUUUAAUUCGCCUUUAGAUCUAGUUUUCUCCAUCUAGUAUGUUAAUUUUUUCAAUUCCAUGGACCAAAAAAGUGGCGGGCAAAGCAAAAUUUUGGAGGCAAAGCAAUUUUUUCGAGCAAAGCAUAUAUUUUGGAGCAAAAGCAAUUUUUGGGUGUGAAAAGUGGCGGGGAAAGCAAAUAUUUUGGUGCCAAAACAAUUUUUUAAGGAGAAAGCAAAUAUUUUUGGAGCCAAAGCAAUUUUUUGGGGGCAAAACAAAAUUUUUUGCUAAAGGAAAUUCUCCCUCCUAAAAUUUUGGAAUAAAGUUCUUAUAAAGUU